AUGAACAUUAUCAUAGUAGGCGGAAGGCUUGCAUGUCUACUUACGGGACUAGCACUGAAAGGAAUUGGUCACAACGUUCAUAUUCUAGGAAGUAACCCUGAACCUCUUUUAGAGGACCAAGAUGCAGGUAUCAUAGCAGGUACAGAAAUUCGAGACUACAUGCAAAUAUUCGACAAGUCCAGAUGUGACUUUGUAAUUGAGUCAGUAUUUCGACACUAUCUCGAUAUUCAAGAGGCCUCAUCGUCACUCGCAUCAACUCUCGUCGAACGGUUCACAUUAUUUCAUGUACCUGGCACACAAAUUCUUGCCUACGUUAUUCCCGGUAAGCAUGGUAAAUUAAAACAAGGAUAUCGACUGAUAAAUUGGGUUUGGUAUUUCAAUUGUGAAAAUUUAUCAAAAGUUCUCACUGAUUGCGAUGGUAAAACGCAUCGUUGGCCAUUGCCUCAGAGAAAGGUUAACGUCGACAUCUGGGAAAAUCAAAAACAAUAUGCAAGUAACAAUCUUCCACCUCAGUUUGUAGAACUAAUCAAUAAAACUCAGCCACCAUUCGUACAAGCUAUUACUGAUGUCCCUGCAACCCAAGCAAUUCAUUUCGAUGGUCGAGUCGUGCUUGUCGGCGACGCAUUGGCUGGAUUUCGACCACAUACUGUUGCUAGCACCAGUCAAGCUGCGUUUCAUGCUUCACAAUUGUGUGAAAGCAUGAGGAGCUGGGAUGAAUGGGUGAAAAAGCAAAGUUUGUAUGAAGAUACUGUGAUGGAGUUUGCUCGGCUUGGCAAUAAGGUUGAGCAACAGCUUGGUAAUGUUUCUCAAUUCGGGCAUUACGAAAUCGGUGGUAAGAUGAGAAUGGCUCCUCCGUCGAUAAGAUAA